GCGGCCGCGCCCCCCGCCCCGCCGCGGACGGCGCCCGAUGCCCCGGCUGGACGAGCCGCGCUGGGGCCGCGCCUGCGCGCCCGGCGCCGCGCUGGCCGCCCGCGUCGGGGAGAUGCUGGCGCAGUCGGUGUCCGGCCCCGCGCCGCUGGCCGCGCCCGAGCCGGCCCGGGGGCGCCCGCGGCCCGCGCCCCGCCGGCAGCAGCGCGUGCUGCAGCGCGGCCUGGUGCUCUUCUCGGUGGGCGCGCUGCUGGCGCUCGUGCUCAACCUGCUGCAGGUGCAGCGCUCCGUCACGCUCUUCCCCGACGAGCCGCUGGCCACCGUCUUCUCCUCGGCCUGGUGGGUGCCGCCCUGCUGCGGCACGGCCGCCGCCGUGGUGGGCCUGCUGUACCCCUGCAUCGACAGCCACCUGGGCGAGCCACACAAGUUCAAGAGGGAGUGGGCCAGCGUCAUGCGCUGCGUGGCCGUGUUCGUGGGCAUCAACCACGCCAGCGCCAAGCUGGAUUUCGCCAAUAACGUGCAGCUCUCCCUGACCCUGGCGGCCCUGUCCCUCGGCCUCUGGUGGACGUUUGACCGUUCGCGGAGUGGCCUUGGCCUUGGGAUCACCAUCGCCUUCCUGGCCACCCUCAUCACUCAGCUGCUGGUGUACAACGGCGUGUACCAGUACACAUCCCCUGACUUCCUGUACAUCCGCUCCUGGCUGCCUUGCAUCUUCUUCUCGGGGGGCGUGACGGUGGGCAACAUCGGGCGCCAGCUGGCCAUGGGUGGCCCCGAGAAGCCGCACAGUGACUGACCCCUGCCGCCCACCCAGGGGCGCCUCUGGAGCCUGCCAGGAGGGGGUCUCCCCCGCAGACCCCCUCGCACGCCCGUGGGCCGACGGGGCGUGCCCGGCCCAGAGGACUCGCUGUUGGUCGAGGAGCUCGCCGCCGUAUCCCACAGCCAUGGGCUGCCUCGCCGCCGGCCUCGGCCUCUCAGCGGGCCCAGCAGGACACCAGUGGUGCUUCAGCGUCCAUCCGGAAGGUUCUGCGACGGGCCGUGCUUCUGCCCGGGACCCACUGCCAGGAGCUGGUGCAGACUGUCAUGCGGGCGAGGCAGGAGGACUCCACGGUGCCCCCAGCCUGGCCGCUGGGCACCGGCCCGGGCACACAGCCCUGUGGAAUUUGCAGUCUAUGGUUGCGUGCAGGGAGGCGUGCCCCACGUGGCCACGGCCCCUGACCUCCGGGCCCGCCCCGCACACAGCGUGGCCAGUGGCUGCGGGCUCCCGCUUCAAGUGCAAUGUACCGAGAACCACCCUGAGCCUUGGACUCUCCAGAUAUUUAUUUUUGUUACCCGUUAGCACGAGGUUCUUCAUUUCAGCGCCCAGCACCGGGCCCCGUCCUGGGAACCCCCGUCCCGGAGCGGGGGACGCACGUGACUUUCAUGACCAGUGUACCGUUUUGUAUUCUGCCAUUGAGAUGUUUCUGGUUUGUUUGGAUUCGGGGGGGGGGGCUGACGGAGACCCCUCGUGGGGGGCGGGGCAGGCCGCGCCCUCUGGGGGCUGCCCAGAGCCCAAGACUGUUGACUGAAUAAAUUCUCAAGCUUUCUGUA